GCUAGAUCCAAUAAAAUAGUAUAAUUAAAUUAGAAAUUUUUAUAAUAUAAAAUGUAUCUCUGCUUUGUAUUACUAAUUGCAAGUGGGGCAUUUCUGAACGUGAAUGCGCGAGUAAUAUAUCAAAUUGGUUUUACCCCGUUUAUAAACACAACACUAGUCGAUCACUUCGAGAUCGUCUGCAACAGCGACGCCGACAGCGCCGUCAACAUCAGCUCAAUACAGUUGUCUGCGGGACAGUGGGGUCUUGAGGCCAGUUGUAAUGGUUAUCAAGUGGUCACUUACUCGUCAUCCAAUUACAUCGCUGUUCAGCUUAAUCCGCCCUUGGUCUUUUCGUUGACCUUUCGCUCGUACCACGUCAGCUCUUAUACCAAUGGGGAUCUAGCUACUUACUUACAUGGACCUGUGACUGAUGGUCCGUGCGCUGGAUCAUUUUUCUACUACCGAACAUUAUACCAAGGAUUAGCGGCGCGUUAUAGGGGCAUACAGAAAAAACCAAGUCAAUAUAGGGGCAUA